AUGCCGAGAGACAAAGCGAUGGAAAAGCUCUCAGCAACAAAGAAGUCGUCUGCCGUCUCUGCAGCAAAGUACCGCACCAACGUCCUUAACAGGGCGAAUGACGAGCAGAAAGCAGCCGGAUCUCCCAAGGCCAUGCAGCGCGUCCAAGGGCUCAAACGGCCAAUUCAAGAAAAAUCAAAAGAGGUAACAGCCGCUAAAGCUCGGGCCGAGUCCACCUUAGACCGAGCUCAAUUUGAAAUUGCUCAGAAUGAGCUUCUGACCCUUGAUAUGAUGUAUUCCCAAGCGGACGCCAACCUGCAAGAGAAGAAGGACCUGGAUUUGGCCCGCUCCAAAGUCAGGGAACUUAAGGCCGAGGUUAAAGGCCUUAAGGAAAAACUUGAGCCUCUUCAAGAGGCCAAGAAUGAGGCUGAGAGGGCCAAGGAGCGGGUGAGCCGCCUGGAGGGGCGCCUAGCGAACCAGGAGCAGCAGCUGAAGGCCAAGUUCGAGUCCCCGACUGAGGAGGAGAAACAGGCCCUUGUCCAACAAAUGAUGGAAGACUACGAAUCCAUCAUGCGGGCGACAUGGGAGGCGGUACAACCGGGUGCUGAUUUUGGCAUCUGGAAAUCCAAGUUUGAUCGGGCAAACAAGGAUUACAAUGCUGAACUCCUUCGCCGGGCUGAAGAGGAGGAUGCGGAUGGUGAAGAGGCCGACUCCUCUUCAGGCUCCUCCGGGGAUGAAGACGGGGAAGAGGAUGGUGAUGACAAUGAAGAGCAGCCGGCAACUCAUGAUGCUGCUGCCAAUGCUGGUAAUCCCUCUGCCCCUUAA